ACACUCCUUUUGGCAAUCACUGAGUCUGGGCACCAGAGGAACGACAGGCAGAGACACACAUGCUGCUCAAAGGAUUUAUUACCUAGCACAACUUUGACCAGACACUCAAGUAUCAGAGUAGCCACAGUGCUGCUUGAAAAGGAGCACUGCUGAGAACUCCAAGGACUGUACGCAGCUCUACACGAUACGAAGAUGAAGAAGUCGAAUGUGACGAAUAAACCUGCCAGUGGGAAGAAGGUUGAAGGAGCUGAGGGUGCUGUGAAAGUCAACGACUCCAAAAAAGCAUGUAAAAUGGAAGGUGCUGAGGGUGCUGCGGAGGUCCCUAAUGCCAAAAAAGUGGAAGGUGCUGAGGGUGCUGCGGAGGUCCCUGAUGUCAAAAAAGUGGAAGGUGCUGAGGGUAAAGCGGAAAUCCCUGAUGCCAAAAAAGUGGAAGGUGGUGAGGGUGCAGCAGAAAUCCCACACCCGAAAAAAGUCAAGAAAUUCAGAUCCAAAGUCCCUGGGGUUAUGAUCACACAGUAUGUGGAAGAAAUACCAGAAGGAAAGAGCCACCCAGACUUCACCCGCAAACCCAUAGCUUUGACUAUUCAGGAGGGCAAGUUUGGGGUGUUCAAAGCGAUUGUGAUUGGUGAACCUACACCAAAAGUGACAUGGAACAGAGCAAAUGGAAACAUAAAUGAUCCAGAGAGGUACCAGUUCAAGUUUGACGAGGUGUCUGGUGAACACACCCUUGAGAUCCCCAAAGUAUGUCCAGAGGAUGCUGACACCUACAAAUGCUUUGCAACGAAUGAGAUUGGAAAGGCCGUUUGCCCAAUCCAACUAAAUGUCAUUGAAGUUGGAUUCAAAAAAACGAAGGAAAUUGCAAAGUCAAAAGAAGAACUUAAGGCAAACAAACGUGUGUCCUAUAGAAAACUGUUGAAGAAAUGUGGACAAAAACGUGAGGAAAAGCCUCUCGAACCCGAUGAGAAAAUUUGGGAGAUCCUGAUGAGUGCCGACAAGAAAGAUUAUGAGCGGAUCUGUGCUGAGUACGGCAUCACUAAUUUUCGUGGUAUGCUGACCAGACUAGCUGAAAUGAAGAAGGAAAGAGAGGAGGAACAGGCCCAGUUUAUUGAACAUAUCAGUUCACUCAAACACAUUGAGGUUGCUGCUGAUGAAUCUGCAACGUUUGAAAUUGACAUGGAUCUAAAGGAUCCCAGCAGUAGGAUUUUCCUCUACAAGGAUGGUGUUAUGGUUCCUUACACCAAAGAAGCAGAAUUAGAAAUUAAGCACGGUCUAAAACAAGUUGGAAAAAAAUAUAUUUUCUCAAUAAAAAAUCUAGACCCGGCAGAUGCUGGUCUCUACUCAGUGGAUGUAGAGGGAGUUAACGUCUUCUCUACUGAUUUCAAAAUUCCAACUGUCAAUUUUGCCGUCAAAAUUCAGGAGGUGAAGGCAGAAGAAAGACAGGAUGCCCUCUUUCAAUGUGUCCUAACAGCUCCUAUGAAUCACAUUCAUUGGAUUGGCAAGAAUAUCCCAAUCAAAAAUGAUGACAAAUUUGAAAUAACAGUGUCUGAAGACAAGCUCAUCCACAAAUUGUUAGUGAAGGAUUGUCAGCCUUUGGAUGCUGGUAUCUAUGCAGCUGUGGCAGGUUUGAGUUCCUGUAAUGCCUGGCUUGUGGUUGAAGCUGACCAGAACCCUGCAAAUAAAGGCAAGAAGAUACCACGCAAGACAACUGUGGCUGGAGGUGGUGAUAUUGAUCUGGAGAAGAUAGCCAAGGAGCAGCAAGAAAAAUACAACAAAGACAUGGAAGCUAAGCUAGCAGAAGCACAGAUACAGUAUGCUGAGAGACAGGCUGCCAAGGCUAAGGCUAAGGCAGAAAAAAAAGCUGCUAAGUUAAAGGCAAAGAAGGAAGCAAUGGGGAAAGCCCUAGGAGACGCCUCAGGAAAAUCCUUAGGUGACGCCUCAGGAAAAGCCUUCGGUGACGCCUCAGGAAAAUCCUUAGGUGACGCCUCAGGAAAAUCCUUAGGUGACGCCUCAGGAAAAGCCUUAGGUGACGCCUCAGGAAAAGCCUUAGGUGACGCCUCAGGAAAAGCCUUAGGUGACGCCUCAGGAAAAGCCUUAGGUGACGCCUCAGGAAAAGCCUUAGGUGACGCCUCAGGAAAAGCCUUAGGUUACGCCUCAGGAAAAGCCUUAGGUUACGCCUCAGGAAAAGCCUUAGGUGACGCCUCAGGAAAAGCCUUAGGUGACGGAUUGGGGAAAACGUCUGGGGAAGCCUCUGGUAAAGGUUCAGGUGAAGCUUCUGGGAAAGUUUUAGGACAAGCCGAUUGGAAAGGUUCAGGAGAAGCCUCUGGGGGUGCCUCUGCAGGUGAUGGGGCAGCAGCUGGGGCAGAGGGAUAUGCUGAUGCUGGAGAAGAUGAAGAUAUAGAAUUAAGCACAGAUGAGUCUGAUGAUGAUGAAGACGAUGAAGAAGAUGAUGACAAAGAGGCUGCAAAAACAAAGCGUGUGAGAAGUGGCCCACUUGUUCCAGAUACUGUUAAAGACCCUGGCGUUCACUUCGCCUCUGGGCUUUCUGAUGUCACUGCCGUUGUUGGAGGAUCAGCGGAAAUAGUCUGUAAACUGAGCAAAGAAGAUUGUGAUGGAGUGUGGUACAAAGAUGGCGAGCAGAUUAAACCCGAUGAUGUUCUUACCACAUCUAAAGAUGGAUGCUUCCAAUCCCUGAAAAUCAGCAAAGUCUCUGAGAAAUAUGCAGGAACAUACAAAUUUGAGGCAGAUGGGCGUAAAACAGAGGCCGUGAUUGUUGUUGAAGAUCCACCUAGGUUUGACCCAAAGGCACUGAAAGAGUUCAUGGUACCUGUUGUUGUAAAAAAAGGUCAAAAAGCCAGUUUCAAAGUACCAUUUGUUGGUCGGGAUCCAAUUAAGAUCCAAUGGUACCUUGAGGGCAAUGAGCUCUCAGAAGACACAAACGUCAAGAUUGAGCAUACAGAGGGUAACAGUCGCCUGCUUCUUAACAAGUUACAUCGUAAAGACAGCGGGGAAAUCAAGAUAAAACUGAAAAAUGAGUUUGGAACCACUGAGGCCUUUGCAACACUUGUUGUAACUGACAAGCCAACUCCUCCCAUGGGACCUUUGGAGAUUAUUGAAGCCUCUCCAAAUGUCAUUGAGAUCAAGUGGAGGCCCCCGAAAGAUGAUGGUGGCUGUAAGAUAACAAACUUCAUCUUGGAACGUCAACAGAUAGGCCGUAACACCUGGAAAAAACUGGGUCAGAUCGGUCCAGAGGCCCACUAUAAGGACACUGACGUGGACCAUGGCAGGAGGUACUGUUACAGAAUCAGGGCAGAAUCUGAGAUGGGCAUCAGUGAGCUGAUGGAGACAGAGGAUGUCCAGGCAGGCACAAAAGCAUACCCUGGACCUCCUUCUGCACCAAAAGUGGUCAGUGCUUUUAAGGACAGCAUAACAUUGACAUGGAUUCCCCCUUCCAACACUGGAGGAACCAGUAUUCUGGGAUACAACAUGGAGAAACGCAAGAAAGGAAGCAAUCUUUGGAUCCCUGUCAAUCCUGCCGAAAAUAUUAUACAAGAAAAACAGUUUUGUGUAAAAGAUGUGAUAGAGGGCACCGAAUAUGAGUUCCGUGUGGCAGCUGUAAACAACUCUGGAGCUGGUGAAUAUGGUGCUCCAUCUGAGUUUGUGUUUGCUAGGGAUCCACAAAAGCCCCCUGGUAAAGUUCUUGAUCUGAAGGUGGAUGACUCCACCUACACUACCUUGUCCCUGAGUUGGACCAAACCAAAAGAGGAAGAAGGGGUCCAGGAUGAAGCCAAGGGCUACUUUGUGGAAAUCAGACCAGCAGAAAACCCAGAGUGGGAACGCUGUAACACUAAUCCCAUGUCCAUGACCUCCUACACGGUUAAAGGCAUGAAGUCAAUGGCCAUGUACUGGGUGAGAGUGAUUGCUGUCAAUGAUGGAGGAGAAGGGAAGCCCAAAGAGUUGGACAACUACAUCCUGGCUAUGCCUCCUCCUGUCAGGCCAAGAUUCACUGAUCAAAAAAUCAAGAGUUUCAUGGUAGUACAAGCAGGGAAUUCUGCAAGAUUCAAUAUUAACUUUGAGGCCUCACCUUGGCCAGAUGUCAUUUGGCUGAAGGAUGGCAUACCUGUGUCCAAACGGGUUACCAUCAGCAACGCUGAAGGGGCAUCCCAACUUUUGAUUCCUUCUGCAGAACGCUCAGAUACAGGAAUCUACACUGUUAUUGUCAAGAAUAUUGUAGGCCAAGAGACAUUUAGCAUUGAAAUAAGAGUCACGGAUGAGCCCAAGCCUCCCGGUCCUGUGGAGUUAGAUGAGAAUGUCCCAGGUACAGUGACUGUCUCCUGGACACCAUCUCCUGAUGAGAAGAGGGAUGACAGGCUGCACUACAUGGUGUCUAAACGUGACUCAAUCAAGAGAUCAUGGCACACAGUGGCAGACCGCAUAUUUAACAACAAAUUCACCGCAUGUAACAUCAUGCCUGGCAGAGAGUAUCAGUUCCGUGUCUAUGCCAAGAAUGACAUGGGUUCUUCUUCACCCUCGGAAUCACCAAAAUGGGAAAUCACUGGCAAACGAGAAAAGUUUGUGGUGAAGAUGCCAGAGCCCAAGACCUGCAACCUAGAGCGUCCUCCAAAAUUCCUUGUACCAUUGAAAAUGCACAAUGCUCCACAAGGUUAUGAGUGCUAUAUGACCUGUGCUGUGAGAGGGGAACCAACACCCCAUGUCACUUGGUACCGUGAUAAUAUCAGCCUUAACACCAACACCAACUACCUAAUCUCUAACACCUGUGGUGUUUGCUCUAUGCUUAUACUGACGGUUGGAACCAAAGACACUGGCGAGUACACAGUUGUUGCAGAGAACGCCCUGGGCAGGGCAGAGUGCUCCACCAAACUCAUUGUCAAAGAUUAGAUCAGCUUUUAAAAGAAGAUAAUCAUGCCCCCCUUUUUCUUCAAAUACCAAAUAUUUUAAGGAUUGUUUUUUGGUUCUGUAUUCAAAUUACAAAUUGUGUAUAUUUUCAGGAUAAAUAUUCUCUAUAUCAAAUUUAAUGUGAUAAUAUUCUAAAUACAAAGCAUCACUCUUAGAUUAAGUCGAUUCACCUUAACCUAAUGUAACACUAGUCAUAAAAAAUUCCCAAAAUACAAUGAUGGUAAAUGAAAGCCAUAUGAUUAGGUAAGUUAAAUAAUGCAUGUGAGGCUGUUUGUGUUUGUUUGGUUUUUGCCUUUGUUCUUGAACAUAGCCUGUCCUUUUGUCAUUAUUGUUUACACCUGUGUCUUGUUAGCUCCCCCUAUAUUAGUCCAGCAUUUGAAUCCCAAAUGUUGAAGGAUUGUUGUUAGUUUUUCAAACCCUACCAAACCUGUGAGUACUUUUUGUGCAGCUUACCUGCUGUCAGAUCUUUUGCCUGCCUUGAGUAUUCUCUCCCUCCUUGCCUUGUGUCCUUCUGCCUGCUGGAUUUAGUUUGUUAGCUUUAUUAGCUUCCCAAAUAAAUUCACAUUCGCUCUGCGACUACAACCUGACAAUUGUGUGGAAUAAAUCAUUACACUG